AAAGCCGCACAUGCGCUCCGGCUGCCGCAUUUUCUCCUUCAGAACUUUCUUUCUUUUCCACUCGACUACGCUCGAAGCAGCGGCCUCACUCCCGCUCCCUUCAGCUUUCCUUGUCCAAACUCCCAUAGAAGCGUGCUCGACGAAUGUACGGAGCUUGGUUCCAUUCCUUUGCAUCCUCGCCGUGCGCCGGAGUUUAGUACGCGUAGACCACUCCUCUUUGCCUCCCGCCAUGACUGAAACGAUCAGCGUUGAUGACCCCAAUGAGCUCCCAGCAGCUGGAAAGAGAGAUUCGCCCGCCGAAGCCGAUUCUUCCACUCCGUCCAUUUUCCCCGACGGGUCUCCAGGCAAAAAAUCCGCAGGCAGCGGCGACGCAAAGAACACGCCACCGGCGACUGCUGGACACCAGGAGACGGCCGGGAGCCCUGCUAGCGCCGUCCCACGGAGUCGAGCGAGCACCGGCCGGCAAGGACCGGGGGCCGGCAGCCGUCGCCGAGCAGGAGCCACCAUGGCGGCAGCCGCACCCAGGACAUCUCCCAGGCUGAGAAGCGAGGCAGACAAUGGCGGGGAUGAGAAUAGCUCCCAGCCUUGCAGCCAACGGCGGUCGGGACGGUCACGCGCUGCUGGCCCGGGGAGCUACUACGAAGGCAGCGAGGACGGUAGCAGCGAGGACGGUAGCGACGAUGGUAGCGAAGACGACAGUGACGGGGAUGCGGAUGGGAGCGAUGGCGAAUCGAAGAGCGCGGAGGAGGGUAGCGAAGACGGCGAGGACGAAUCGGUCGAGGAUGAGGAGGAGGAGGAGGAGGAGGAGGAGGCGAAGAGUGACGGCAACGAGAGUGACGGGAUCAAGAAAGGGGACGAGACGAAGGAUGAAGAGUCGAAGGAUGAGGACGAGGAGGAAGUGUUGGAGAUUUCGAGUGACGACGAGGUGGACAUCGGUGGCGGGAAAUCGCGGAGAAGGAGCAGCAGCGCGUGCCACCCCCCUGGAGAUUCCACCAGAAAAGCCUCCGGAGAUGCCCCCGGAAAUGCUGCAGCGCUUAAGGGGAACUCGGCGCGCAGGCAGUCUCCGCGGCUGCGGAGCCAUCCAGGCGCGGGCUCUCCCCCUGCGGAAGGCAAGCGCGGGGAGCAGGAGCGCGGAGACGAGGAGGGGAUGGCGGCGGCGUCGCGCGGGCAGGUGCAGCGAGUUGCGAGCUCGCUUCCCGGCAGCAAGAAACUGACGAGGCGCGACUCCGGCGCCCUAGACUGUGCGACGGCGAGGAAAGUUGAAGGUCGCGCGGAUGCUAAGGCGAACGAGAAAGAGGAAGAGGAGGAAGAAGAGGAGGAAGAUGAGCCGGAAGAUGAGGAGGAGGAGGAGGAGGAGGAGGAGGAGGAGGAGGAAGAAGAGGAGGAGGACGAGGAGGAAGAAGAGGAGGAGGAAGGCAAGCGCGGGCGGCAAAAGGGGGCCAGCAACUCUCCAGAACCGCAAGAAGGACGACGGAGAUCGUCCCGUCUUCAGUCCAUCGCCAACGGUGCUGAUUCUCCCGCUUCUGCUGCUGCUGCUGCGGCUGCGGCUGCGGCGGCGGCUGCGGCGGAAGCGGCCGGGGUCUUACCAGCGUCGUCCAGAGCCAGGGCGCGCGAGCGGCGGAAGCAGCGCGCGGAGGAGGCGCGGGGGAACAAGGGCGGGUUGCGUAAUAGCGCGGAGGCGACGAGGACCGAAGGAACGGCGAGCGCAAACGGAAAUGAGAACGACGACUCGUGCUUGAAGCGGGAGACUACUAUCGGGGAUGUCGCGUGGCUGCUGUCGCGCCCGUGCGUGACGAAGCUCCCCGCAGCCGCGGAGAAGGUGCUGCUGGCGCGGCAACUCGCGCAUCUAGCGGGGGACAACGCGCGGAAAGCAAGCGCAAGUAAAAAUGCGGCGGCGGCGGCAGCAGAAUCCGCAGAAGCAGCUGAUCCGGUAGAACCAGCAGCAGCGGUGUCUGAUGCGGUGCCGUCCGCGCCGCCGCCUGUUCUGCUGGUGAAGCUAGCGGGGCGGAGUUACCGCGAUGUGGUGUGGAUGGCGGAAAGGUUGCUGCAGGAGCAGUUCCCCCGCCUCCUCAUGUCGUUCCGCCAGCGCUCCCCCGUCUCCUCCGCCGCGCGGGGCCCUGCCAAAGGCGCUCCUGUUGCUACAACCACACCUGUCGCUCAUGCCGAACCUGCUGGCGCCGCGAGUGCCGAGCCGGAUGAGCCGAACGCCGAGCCGGAUGAGGUUGGGAAAUCGUCGCCGCGUUUUGGCGGCGCUGACGUGGAGGUGGCUGCUGCUGACGCGGAUUGGGCUCUUCCAUUUGAUCCUGACUACCUGCGCGUGGACCGCGUUAUAAGCACGAAGAGAGGGCGGAAGAAGGACGAGGUGCGAUACUUAGUUAAGUGGAAGGCGCUUCCGUACACGGCCGCCACGUGGGAGGACGAGAGCGCGCUUAGCGACGACGCGGACGACGUCCGGGCAGUCGAAAAGUUUCUGACGUUCUACGAUAAAGGCGCGAUGCGGCGGCGCGCUCCGGCGCCCGUGAAACGCGGAGAGCCGGCGUCGACGGGGGUGGCGUUCAAGAACGGGCGCACGCUCCGCGAGUACCAGGUGGCGGGCGUUGAUUGGCUGUUCCGCAACUACGGCAAGGGCGUGAACUGUAUUCUGGCGGACGAAAUGGGGCUCGGGAAGACGAUGCAGGUGCGGGGAACGCGGGGCAAAGGAAAGGAAGGGGGGGUCGGGAGAGGGCAAGUGGGGGGAAGGGUGGGGGGUUGGGGGGGCGGGGGGGAGGGGGAAGGGAGAUUGAUGGGGGAUGGCGUUCGAUCUCUCCCCGCUUCACACCACGCCCAUCCGCGCCUCCCCUUCCGCAUCCCUCUUCGUCUAAUCCCCCCCAUCGACUCACUCCCCCCCAAACCUCUUUUGGGGCGCCUCAUAAGCUGUCUAAGUUCACACUACGCCCAUCCGCGCCUUCGCGUCUGCAUCCCUCUUCGUCGUCUAAUCUCCCUCUUCCGCACAAACUCACUUUUCCCUAACCCUCCCCUCUUCCCACUCCCCGCUUUCCCACCAUGCCAACCCUGCCACCCAUCUCCCCCCAACCCCCCGACUCCACCCGACUCCGCGCAGUCCGUUGCGCUGUUGGAAACCAUCCGCCUGCGCACGGGCGCGCGCGGGCCGUUCCUGGUGAUCGCGCCGGUGUCCACGCUGCCGCACUGGCAGCGCGAGCUCGAGUCGCUCGCGUCGUCGGAGAUUAACUGCGUGCCGUUCGUCGGGUCCAAGGAUGACCGCGCGCUGAUUCGCCAGUACGAGCUCGCGCUCCCCAGCGGCCGCGGCGUGCGCGCGCAUGUGGUGCUGACGAGCUUUGAGAUCCUGCAGAAGGACCGCCGGCCCCUGAGGGACGUGCGGUGGGAGAUGUGCAUUGUGGACGAGGCUCACCGCAUGAAGAGCACAACGGCCAAGACCACAGCCGCGCUCAAAGACCUAAGCAUCAGACGCGGCGGGCUGCUGCUGCUCACAGGCACGCCCGUGCAGAACAACACCCGCGAGCUCUUUGGCCUACUGAACGUCCUCGACCCAACGACGUUCGGCGACGAAGCCGACUUCCUGGGCAGGUUCGGCAACAUCACCGACGCAGAGCAGGUUCGGGAGCUGCAGGAGGAGGUGCUUCGGCCGAGGCUGCUGCGGCGGAUGAAGGAGGACGUGGAGAAGAGCUUGCCGCGCAAGGAGGAGGUGAUCGUGUGGGUGGAGCUGACGCGCGACCAGUGCCGCUACUACCAGGCGCUCUACAGCAACCGCAUCGGCGCGCUGCUGCAGGGCGCGUCCAACAAGAACCUGCCGAAUCUCAGGAAUCUGGCCAUGGAGCUGCGCAAGCUGUGCAACCACCCCUUCCUGUGCAACGGACUGGAGGAGGAUAUGGUGAUGAAAGCAAUUGCUGCUGCCACAGCCACAACUGCUGCCACUGCCGCUACUGCUGCUGCUACUGCUCCCCCUGUAGUGCAACCAGCACUAACAGCACCACCUGUUGUCUCUGCUGCUAAUGCUGCUGAUGCUGCUGGUGCUGAUGGCGGGGUUAUUGUGACUAGCGCACAAACAGCAGCAGCAUCACCAGCAGCAGCAGCAGCAGCAGCAGUGGACCCCGAGGCACUGCGGCAGCGUGUGAUGGUGCAGGGCAGCGGCAAGAUGGUCCUGCUGGACAAGCUCUUGCCCAAGCUCAAAUCCGCCGGCCACCGCGUCCUCAUCUUCUCUCAAUUCGUGGUGAUGCUGGACCUGCUGGAGGACUAUCUCACUGCCAACGGCCAUCUCUAUGAGCGGCUCGAUGGCUCCAUCAAGGGCGAGCAGCGACAGGCGGCCAUAGACCGGUUCUCAGCGCCUGGCAGUGCGUCCUUUGUGUUCCUCCUCAGCACCAAGGCUGGCGGGCUCGGCAUCACCCUCACCGCGGCGGACACGUGCAUCAUCUAUGACUCGGACUGGAACCCCCAGAACGACCUGCAGGCCAUGGCACGUUGCCACAGGAUCGGGCAGAGCAAGGACGUGAAGGUGUACCGACUGAUCACGCACCGCACAUACGAGCAGCAGCUUUUCGAUUGCGCCUCGCGCAAGUACGGGCUCGAAGAGGCCAUCCUGGGCAGCUACCAGCCGCACAGGGGGGGCGGGGCAGCAGGGGGAGGAGCGGGGGGGAAAGGGGCAGAGGGGGCAGGGGGAGAUGCGGGGGAUGAGGGGGUUGGAGGGGAAGGAGGCACAACGGGGGGUGCGGGCGGGAGUAGUGGUGGUGGGGGUGGUGGGGUGGGCGGUGGGGUGGGUGGUGGUGGGGUGCCGCGGAAUCCGGAGCAGGGGAAGGACAUAGAGAGUCUGUUGCAGCACGGGGCGUACGAGCUGUUCAAGGACGAGGCGGCGGAGGACAGCGUGCGCUUCACCGCGGAGAACAUCGACCAGAUCCUGCAGCAGCGCACGCAGACACGCACCAUAGGGGGAUCCGGUACAAGCACAUUCUCUAUUGUCAAUUUCACAACUGAAGAGGCGGAAGAUAACAGAGAGGAGAGUUUAGAAGACCUCGAGGGGGACAGGGGAAGUCCGGAGGGGGAGGGGAGUGGUAACGGGGGGGACGUAGAGGAGAUUGGGCAUGGUAAAUGGGGUGGUGGGGGGAGCAGGACGCGUGGCAAUCGCUCCUCGGCUCGGGCAGAUGGGAAUUCGACCAAGCAAGGGGCGGAGUUCUGGGAGGAAUUGCUGCCCGAGGCAUGCCGGGCAGCUCGGGCAGCUGCGAAGGAAUCUCCGCUGGAGGGUUUAGUGCCACUGGCUCGAGAAGAGAGGAGGAGGAAGAGAGUGGUUUAUGCAGAAGGGGGUGUGAGAAAGGGAGGAGGUGGAGGAGGGGGGAAGGGAAGGGGAGCAGGAAGGGGCGUGGAAGGGGGACUGAGGGAGAAGGGAAAGGAGGAGGAGGAUGGGGAGAGUGGGGAGUUUGAUAGUGGGGAUGAGAGCAGCGGGGAGGAGGAGGGGGGGAGGAAUGGGAAGGGAAGGAAGAGAGUGCGAACAGGAAAGGAGGAUAGGUUGGUGGGACAGGAUGGGGUAUGGGAAGAGGAAGUAGGUGUGAGUGUGGGUGAGGAUGGGGGAAGAAGUGUAGGGAGGAAGGCGAGGAAGGAAGGGCAGGGAGGGGUGGGAGGAGUGCGGGUAUGGAGCGAUGCGGAGCUGAAGCGGCUGGAGUGGAAAGUCUUCUUCUCGACAAUGGAAGGAGAUGCGCUAAGGCAGGCGGCCAAGCUGCAGCAGCGCUCGGAGGAGGACGUGGCAGCAGUGGCGGCAGCGCUGCUACACGCCUACCGCUGCGUUCACUCCUUGCCUGAAGUGGACAAACUCAGCUUGGACGUAGCACUGCGCGGCCAGAAGGCCCGCCCCCACCAUAGGACGGUUGAUUUCGCUCCUGGUACUGCUGGUUUUCAUGCGGCCAUGGCUGCUGCUGCUGCUGCUGCUGGUGCGGGUGAGGAGGAGGAUAAGAGAACAGCAGAGGAGCUGUGGCCUGUGGAUGCUGCAGGGGAUAAGCUACCAGCAGCAGCACGAGCUGCCAUGAGCACAGUGGCCUUCCGACUGCGAUGUGUCAAGUCUGCAGAGAGUCGUCUGCAAAUGCGUGCUGUGGUGCGAGUGCUGGCAGCAGCAGCAGCAGCCAAGCCAGAGGGGUUCGAGCAUCCCACCAUCACUGCCAUCCUCGCCUCCCCUCUCCUCAAACGCUGGCGUUUGCCAACGUGGUGGGAUGACGAGGCAGCUGUUGAUUGGCUCAGGGCAACUGUGGAAAUUGGAUGCUCGCCUGCUGACAUCACUGGACUCAGGACCGACCCCCACUUUGUGUUCACGUCUAAGUUUGAUGCAGCCUAUGCCAGCUGCGCUGUCAGAGAGGCACAGAGCUCCGUUGCAUGGACGGAUGCUGAGAGGGCGCGUGAGCUGGUGCGCGUCGAUUGGCCGUCGGCGAACGUGCUGACAAAGAUGCUGGUCCACGUGGCAGAGGAGGUGUCAUGGAAAUGGGACAUUCCGUACGAGUUCUCCCGAAGCAAUGUUUUCUCCAUUAAAUGGGGAACUACCCGAGGGCCGGGAAGUACAGCUGUUGCUGCUGCUGCUGCCGCUGCUGCUGCUGGGGCUGCUUCUAGUGGUGGUGCUGCUGCUGCUGCUGCUGGUGCUGCUGGUGGCAGUGGUGUUAACGACCCUAAAAAGCAGGAGUGGGCGGAGGCGAAUAAAGACCAACACCAACACCACGAGCACGACAAGUCGCACAAGCAUCCAGCGGCAAUGGCGUCCGCAUGGGGGUUCCUCGGGAAAUCGCAGGUGGGUAAUCGGAAGGAGAAGCAGAGGGAAGGGAAGCAGGAUGUGGGGAAGGGGAAGGAGAAGGGCCAUGGUGACGGAAUUUGCAAAGUUGGAAGUGGAGGAGGGAGAGCGGGAGCGGGCACAGAAGUGGGGGAAGUUGGUGCAGGGGGGUUGGGAGGAACGCAGGAGUCCGACCCUAUCGUAUCCUCGGACCCUAUCGUCCCACCAGCUGGUUCACAGGUCGACAAACGGCACAAGGAGGGGCACGUGGGCUUGCACCCAGUGCCUAGAUCGCAGCUUGUGCUCCUGCCAGCACUCCUGCAGCCAUCUGCUGCUGCAGUAUCAGUCCCAGGCAAGUCAACACCUUCAACCCCAGUCCAAGGAACAGCUUCGGUCCCAAGCAAGAUGGCAGGUUCGGUCUCAGGCAUGUACAAGCUGGGCGAAUUGGGUGUGGAUGCUGAUAGGGAGAAGGCCAAGCAUAAAAGGGAGGUCCUAGAGCAUACAAAGAACCCAGUGGGGGUUGGGGAAAGGGGACUGAGGGAGGGGAGUGGGGAGAGAGGAUUGCAGGAGGGGAGUGAGGAGAGGAAGAAGAACGGUUCUGCUGCUAUUGAGAAGCGGAGACUAUUGGACGACCUGCGUGCCGCUUAUGCUGCUGCCACUGCUGGUAAUGGUGGUGGGGAAGGUAGUUCUAGCAGCGGCGCUGCUGUGUCUGGAAUCAGUACUGGGAGCGAGGGAUCGAAAGGAGCAGUGGGGAUUGAGGGAGAGGAGUUGUCACUCUACCUUCAGAAGCAGGCCGUAACAGCGUCCAAGAAAGAAAGAAAGGGGCCUUCUACUGUUGCUGCUUCUUCUGUGAAGGCUUCAAAGGUCAGAGAUGCCGGGAAGGCCAUGAGGAGGGAGGAGGAAGAUGGCCUUUCAUUGCAUCACCGACAGGUUGAUCAACUGCAGCAGCAGCAACAGCAGCAGCAGAGGGAGCAAGAGCAGCAGACGGCCAAGCCGAAGAAGCGCCAGGCAUCAGAGCUCCACGGGUCAGGGAGCAAUGGCAUCAACUACCAAGCCACUGCAACCAUUGCUGGCUGCUGCUCACCUGCUGCUCUUAAAUCCCCUGCCAAUCUCAAGUCUCGUACUGCUCUUAUAACUCCUCAUAAGUCUCCUGCUCCUCUUCCUGCAUCGGUGGCACGGCCUUCUGCUGUUGAUGCUGCUGCAAGGUUCUGCCCACUGGUGGUGCCACUCGCAGACGACAAGGAUUACUCUCAUCACCACACCCCCUUGCCAAUGAACACGCCCACUCGACCCCUGCUGUCUCCAGUGCCUGCUGCAGCUGCUGCCAAACGAGUGGCAGGGUCUCACUCUGGGAGCAGUGGGAAUGGGAAGCAGUCGGAGGUGUUAAGGGAAUUGAAUCGAAGCAGGGAGGUGGAGAGGGCCUGGUCAGCCUCUCCUGCCAAGAAAGCCAAAAUCACUGAGAAGGUACAUGUGGCGGGCAGGCCUUCGGAAGGGGUAAAACCAACAGCCCAUGUGCUUCUCAAGCAGAAUAGGGAGCCGGUGGCAGCACCUACCAAGGCUUCGGGGAAGGGGAAGAUGGUGAAACAGGCGACUUUGGCAGCUUUUCUGGGAAGAAGAAAGAGCAGCUGAUGUAGAACUAGCAGCUCAUGAAGCCAUAGCACACUAGCCUCUUGUUCGUCAGUAGUGCUAGCAAUCGAUUUGAUUCGCCACUGCACCGAACCGCCAGCUUUCAACUCCAACACCUGAAUGCCUUGAUCUUGAUAACAGACUACAG